AUGGUCACACUCUAUCGUUUGCUGUACAUCUCCAUCAGCUUCGGCCUCAUCGAGGCCGCAGCACAGUAUAUCGCCAAUGUGGCGCCCUUCAUCGUUUUGGCAGACAAAUACUUCCGUGGCUCCAUGGACUUCGGCGCCAUGAUGGAGGCCGCUACCGUCCUGGGCGCCCUGCAGGGCGCCUUCACCACGCUGGUGACGCAGAUGAGCUCUAUCACCAACAUGGGAGCUCAAGCCAUUCGUAUCCAGCAACUUUGGGACAUGCUUGACGAGACCGACCUGGAUGACACGGGGAUCAACUCGGCGGUCUCGCAGGGCGUGCUGCUCGACCUGGACGAGUUGACCAUCUAUACUCCCAGAGGUCCGAGGCCGUUGGUCGAGAAGGUCACCUUCAAACUGUUCAAAGGCGACUCGUUGCUGCUCUGUGGACCCAGUGGUGUGGGCAAGAGCUCGUUGCUGCGGGGCCUCGCGGGGCUUUGGCAUCGAGGAAGUGGCACGAUCCGUCGCUGCGCUCCACACGAGAUGUUCUUCUUGCCGCAGGAGACGUACCUUUGUUUGGGCUCCUUGCGGGACAAUGCCACCUACCCGAAGGCGCUGUCAGAGAGCCCCAAAGAUGAGGAGAUCAUUCAAGCUUUGGAAGAUGUGAACCUCGCCUACUUGCUGCCGCGCUAUGGCCUUGAGGCGCCGAUCGACUUCGACAGCUGCCUGAGUGGCGGGGAACGUCAACGGCUGGGCUUCGCCCGGCUGCUGGUGGCCAAGCCGAAGUUCGCAGUUCUGGAUGAAGCCACCAGUGCAUUGGACAGCCAAAACCAGGAGGCGAUGUACUGUAAUCUUCAGAGGCAUGUGGAUGGCUACGUGUCCGUGGGCCAUACAGCGUCACUGGAGGCCUUCCACACCAUGAAGCUCUUGUUGGAAAGGACCUCGGCGCCCACUGCAACAUGGCAUUUGGAACUGUAUAAUCAACAGCGGCGAUCGGCCGCGGGGGCGGGCCAAGCGCAGGUUGCUUCGCGUGCGGCGAAUGAAAGCGGUUCCGCUCCCAGCAGUGCGCAGGGCUUGUCAAAGGGUGCAGAGGGCGGCGCCGACUGGCCAGCCGACCAGCACCGCUUCGGGCGUCCUUCCAACGCCACGGCCAUGUAG